AUGUCCGCUAACAUCGCAGUCUGGAUAUUUGUUUGCGCAGUUGUAUCAACUGAUCUGGCCCAGAGUUGCACAACGCUCUUUGAAUGCCCGCCCAUGUACUGUCCAUCGGAUCACAUUUCAAAAUGUGAAGAUGGUUAUUGUAAAUGUACAUUAGAGUCCCCAGGGUGUAUGAAUCAGGCAGAUUGCUUUGUUGCUAUCGUGAAUUGUCCUCCCGGAACGUUCUCGUUAUGUAUACAUGGACGCUGUGUCUGCACCCACUACAAGCGCCAAACGAGCAGCCGUGAAAAGAGCCAGUUGGGACGCCUGAUAGCUUAAUUGUUAUAUAUUGUCAAUGAGUG